CCCCCCAAGCACCAGCCCAACCGUACGCCGAAUCUUGUCGAAUCUGGACGUGCAGAAUCCAGAGGCAGGUCGACAAAUCUGUCCUCGUUCCUCCCUUAGUCCUCCCGCGCGCCCAGGCAGACAUCUGCACCUCAAAGGCAUCCAUAUCCAUCCCCCCCACCUGGACCCUUCUUUGCCUCCGUCACCUCUCCAAACCGCGACUUGCACCCAACAUUUGCAUCAAGUAUUCCGACCGUCAAGCAUAUUUCUCAUCGUAGAAAUUGCCGGGCUUCCAUACAGUCAAAGUCUACGGCACAUCUCAAUUGUGGACACCUCCAUCACACCUGGUUUCUGCGAUUUUAUUGACCUGAGUGGCUGCUCACUGAGUCACUUCACACAACCCGAUCAUCGUCAAUUCUGUCGCCGUUUGGUCCUGCCUUUUCUGGCUCCAGACGGCCCAGUCUUCUUUGCGCGUCGUCGCACAAGCAUUGCAUUGAAAACUUGACCCCCGUCACUACCACGCCUAUACACCACCGUCCAUUCCUCUCAAGAGACGCGAUGGCUUCGACCAACGCUCAAGCGGGGUCAAACAACCUCUUCCUGACUCCGCAACAACAGAGCCUUCUCUUCGCCGCUCUCAACUCCAACAAGCAAGCGUCUUAUCCCUCGCCUGUUGUCAAACACGUGUCCGAGUCACCCACCUCUCUUCAAACAUCCCCCAAUCAAGGUGCCGGAAUCAAACGUUCCACUGAUACUCCCUAUCUCGACAAUUACGACUAUGACUUUGGCGACUCGAGCUUCGACUUUGAAUUCGCGGACACCAGCCAGGCUUCCAUGAUUGGCGACUUGCCUAACCUGGCCAAGACAGGUGGCAACGAGGGCGAGUCUUCGGACAAGCGGGCUCACCCUGACGAUGACGACGACGACGACGAAUCUCCUGGCAAUGACGCCAAGAGACGUGAGAGCACGGAGAAGGUUGCGAAGAAGCCCGGGCGCAAGCCUCUGACUUCAGAGCCCAGUUCGAAGAGAAAGGCUCAAAACCGAGCUGCCCAGCGAGCCUUCCGUGAACGCAAGGAGAAGCAUCUCAAAGACCUCGAGGACAAGGUCGAUGAGCUUCAGAAAGCGUCCGAGGCAGCCAACAACGAGAACUCUGUACUUCGCUCCCAAGUCGACAAGAUGACGUCUGAGUUGGCUGAGUACAAGAAUCGCUUCGCCGCCAUGAACAGCCGAUCUCUCUCACAGAACAAGACGACUGGUCUUGGUUUCGGCGCGCCUGCCCUUGGCAACUUGAAUGAUGUGAACUUCCAAUUUGAAUUCCCCAAGUUCGGCGUCUUGCCCGGACCACCGGCUGCUACCAAGGCCUCUCCCCAAAACUCGACUGCAUCGGUUUCGCCUCACCAAUCUUCUGCCCGCAAGCCUAUGAGCCCGCCUCAAUCAAAGUCGAGCAGCGAAAGUCCUCUUGGCGUUGGUUCCGAUCUCAAUGCACUGCCCAAGGAUGACAUUUCCAGCUUUUCGUCUUUCUUCAACCCUGCCAUCACACGGGGCUCCAUGUCAACAUCGCGCGCUAGCGUUGAUUCCAACCCAUACAGCUUCAACAAUGGCACCGCUACCAGCUCUCCAUCAUCAUCAACGCAGUCGAACGCUGGCCCCAGUUCGUCAUGCGGGACAUCUCCUGAGCCGUUCACCCAGUCGCCUAUGGGCUUCAAACCUGUUGAAACCAUGACGACCAUUGGCGAAGAGCAGACAGCAUUGACCACAGAUCAGAACAACAACAGCAGCAACAGCAACUUUGGCCACUUCGCGAGUGUUGACAACAUCAGCUUUGACUGGCUUGCUCAGCAAAACGGUGGUCAAUUCGACCCCCAACUUUUCGGUGAUUACCGCGAUACACAAAAUACUGUGCUUCCUACGGCAACGUUUGACGAUAGUUUCUUUAAUGAUGCUCUCGACACGGAUUUCUUCAUGCCAUACAACAUGGCCCCAAGCCCGGCUGUUUCGAAGAAGAGCAACAACUUGAUCGAUCAGAUUGACGCGGCGAACAAUGCCGACGAUGAGGUGGCCAAGCCUGAUCAGAUCGAAACAAACUACGGUUGCACCAAGGUUUGGGAACGACUACAGAACUGUCCCAAGGUUCAGAACGGCGAAUUUGACCUCGAUGAUCUUUGCUCCGAGUUGCAGAAGAAGGCCAAGUGCUCCGGCCAAGGUCCCGUCGUCUCGGAAACAGACUUCCAGAAAGUGGUUCAGAAAUGGAUGGGCAAGGAUGCGGCAUGUGUCGACCCCCCUGCGCCCGUCAACGCCAGCCAGCAUUGA